AUGUCAACUAGUCCACUUUUAAAUCAUCAACAAAUGCAUUCACAAACAACGACAGAUAAAAUGGUGGAAGAUAAACAAGAAUUAAAAGAAUAUUUUGAUAAAUUAGCAAAUCUUGUUCCUACCAUACCGAAAAAUGAAUCACUAUCAGAAUUACAGUUUAUUCAAUAUGUAAUGGAAUAUAUUGUAGAAUUACAACAAUUAUUAAAUGAUACGAAUACAUCUUCAUCUGUUUGGAGUAAAACAUUAAAUAAGUUAGCUACAACUAUGAAAACAUCGUUUCCAAAUAUUUCAACAUCAUCCACGUUCAAUACAUUCAUUUCUAGUGAAUAUGAAAAUAAUCGUUUACUUCUUUUAAAUCAAUUAUCAAAUGAAGAUAUUAAUCGAAGUCCUCUGACAUCGAUCAAUAUUGAAAAUUAUCAUAAUCAAUUGCCGGUAAGAUAA